AUGAGCUAUGUUUUCCGCCACGGUUGUUCGCAGCUGAGCACAGCGUUGCGGCGUGCCCCCACGGCGGGCUGCAGGCAGACCCGGCCCGUGAGCUGUCGGACUGGUGUCUUUCGGGGCCUCGCGUCCACGGUCAGGGCCAGGAGGCAGCUGCAGGACGAGACGGCCAGGGAGACCAACCAGCGGGAUCAGGAUGCCCACGAGGCUGAAGUCAAAGCCGGCAUUGAAGCUGCCACGAAGCAGCAGAUCAAGAGGCCAUGGCAACGCGAAGGCGCCGACAAGCCGCCUGUCGAUCUGGAGCACAAGAACCUUAACAAAACCAUGACUUCAGGCAAGCUCUUGACGACGCCCACUCGACUGCUGAAGCUCAUCCUCCCACUGCCCGUCGAUGCCACCCACGACGAGAAGGGAAACAAGGGCGAGUUCAGAUCCAUAGCGCAGAACGAGGACAUCCAACCCCUCGCGCUUCUCGUACACCCCCAGCAGCCUCUCUCGUACCUCGAACGCCUGAUCCAGGCCGAGCUGCCGCCGGUGUACGACCAGGACGGCCGCGAGAAGAUGCCCAACGUGUACUUCCGAGCCGAAGCCUCCGACAAGGACGAGAGCGGCGAGAAAAGAGAGGGACAGGACCAGAGUUCCCACGUCGCGUCGGCCUCGGGGCUCGGCCGGGAGGGCCCAGACACGCCGGCGAAGGACAAGGACUGGGUGCGCUGGAGCAGCAGCACCGAGAUUGGCGACUUCAUCCGGGAUGCCGCCCGCGGCCGCGAGUUCGCCAUCGACAUCGACGGCCACGAUGCCGAGAUGCGCGUCGGCGUGCCGAGUUUCAACGACCGCACACACUACAUGCGAGUGAGGCUGCGGCGCAUGUCGCGCAGGGUCAAUGAACUGUCCAAGAUCAAGGAGGAAUGCGACCUGUUGGCCCACCGGGCCGCGCAUCGCAUUGCCAAAGCCGGGUUCGCAGCGCUGUCUGGGUGGUGGGGUGUCGUCUACUUCGUCACCUUCCACACCGACGCCGGGUGGGACCUGGUCGAGCCCGUGACAUAUCUCGCGGGACUGACCACCAUCAUGGGCGGUUAUCUGUGGUUCCUCUUUAUCAGCAAGGACUUGAGCUACAGGGCGGCGCUCAACAUCACAGUCACGCGGCGUCAGAAUGUGCUGUACGAGUCUCGGGGGUUUGACCCACAGAAAUGGGAGUCGUUGGUGACCGAUGCCAACGCACUGCGCAGGGAGAUUCGCACCGUGGCAGAGGAGUACGAUGUGGAGUAUGACGAGAUGAAGGACUUGGGCGACGAAGAGGUCCAGGAAACACUGGAUCGCGAGCAAGACAAGAGGAGCAGAGGCAAGGACGACGAGGACGUCGAAGAAGAACAGGAAACCAAGAAGGAGGCAUCCAAGUCUAAGGAGAAAAAGCCAGGGAAGAAACCGGAGACGAAAGACUGA